CCGUAUUCCAGAAAAAACCUCCGAAAAAAAACAUUUGAACCAGGUCAAGCUCUUCGAAGUUGUUAAAGAAACAUUGGAAAGUUGAUGUUAUUGCGGAACCCUGCAUUGACAACAUCAUCAUUACUAGCCGCCACAAGGAGAGUCUGCAACUACAAUCUUCUCGCAUCCACAUUCAUGGCGUCUUCAGCUGUGGAUUGCAGUUUGCUGGUUCUAUGUGGCAAAUCACUGGCGGAGAAUGAGUCUGCUAAAGAAAUCAAGACCAGUAACACCCUCAAGCUCCCUGACAAUGGAGAACUAUCCCUUGUUUUGCAUUCGGAGUUUGAUGAUAAAAGGGUCAUGCAACCACAGUCGUUCUCAGUUAAUUCAUUCAUGAAUUCUCUUUCAUCAGAUCAAUUUGGCAGGCUUCUCAUUUGGUCUCCACGGUUGUCUUCAACACAUGAUGUUGUUUCACACAACUUUUGUGAGCUUCCAAUUGGUACAGUAUGUGUUGCUGAUGUUCAGACCAAGGGACGAGGUCGGUCAAAGAAUGUCUGGGAGUCUCCACUAGGUUGCCUCAUGUUUUCUUUUACUCUGCAAAUGGAGGAUGGACGAGUUGUUCCCUUAGUUCAGUAUGUGGUUUCCCUAGCUAUAACUGAGGCAAUCAAGGAUAUCUGUGACAAAAAUGAUUUACCCAGCAUUGAUGUUAAAAUCAAGUGGCCAAAUGAUCUUUAUUUAAAUGGCUUUAAAGUUGGAGGAAUUCUUUGCACCUCAACCUAUAAAUCAAAGAAGUUCAAUAUUAGUGCAGGAAUAGGCUUAAAUGUCAGUAAUGAGAAGCCGACGACAUCCUUAAAUACAGUUCUAAGAGAAUUAUAUGUGGGAGCUUACCAGUUUCGAAGAGAAGAUGUUUUGGCAGCCUUUUGUAACAAAUUUGAGAAACUUUAUGGUAUAUUUGUGAAUCAAGGAUUUCAAACCCUAGAGGAGCUAUAUUAUAAGACAUGGUUGCACAGUGGGCAGAGAGUUAUUGUGCAGGAAAAUAAUGAGGACAAAGUGAUCGAACAUGUGGUAACUAUUCAGGGUUUGACUUCCUCAGGAUAUUUGUUGGCAGUCGGUGAUGACAGUCAAAUGUGUGAGCUCCACCCUGAUGGUAAUAGCUUUGACUUUUUCAAAGGACUGGUCAGAAGGAAACUUGCCUGAAGAAUAUCCCCUUGCAUAUUUCACCAAAGGCAAAUUCUCUCACGCUCUCUUUGUAUAUAUUACCAAGGUUUUGGCUUUGUAGCUAAAACAACUUACCAAUAAAUCAAAUGAAUUUGUUUCUUAUGUUUGUCAUUAGAAUCUUAGAGCAUUUGUAUUCCAUUUCAUUUUCCUUGCCUGGUCAAGCAAGAUCUUCUACAUUAUGCCAUGUGAAAAACAUCAUGCAGUUGCGACCAAAAUAAAUUAUUGUUUUCUCCUGAUAGAACCAUGUUUCAUGAUUGGUGUAGUCAAUCAUUUGUAAGGAAUAUGGUGGUCCUUCUUCGCCAGCUAUGAACUGAUUUGAGAAAAAUAUUUCUGUCUCA